AUGCUCCCACCAGGUUUCUCGCGUCUCUUCGUGCUCGUCUCUAUCUGCUCUCUCGUCCUCUCUGCCUCCUCUACGCCGACCGGCCUUGGGACUGGCACUGGGGCGAAUACCGCGCGCGCCAUCUCCAGCAGGCCCGUAUCGACUGGGAGCCUGAAGCAGUUUAACCCGCAUGAUCCCGUUGCUAACGAGCGUCGCCGACGGCGCGAGCUGUACGCUGGGUAUGCUAGGUCCCCACUCCCUGGAACCUCUGGACAGUCGGCGGACGCGAACGCGUCAGCUACGAACUUGAACUCGAACAGCGCCGACGGUGACGCUACAACUUUCACGAUCGACGAUGGGGCGAACCUCAACUCGCCCGGCCCCGAUACUAGUCUCCUUCCUGGGACAGCGCCGACGGUCCCAGCUUCUGGUUCUUCAAGUGGUGGAAUUGGAGUGCCUUUGGUUGUGUCGGUCACACCUGCGGGCCUGAUUGUAGGCACUGGAGCUGCAAAUGUCAACGCGGCCCUCCCUGUUCCUGGUCCCGCUGGCGCUAGUAACCCCGUGCCGGGCACAGGCUCGGGGUCAACGUCAAGCUCAAGUUCAGCUAGGGGAAGUGGCACCCCUGGGGUGGACGGCAGCGCCCUCAUCAACACCAUCAGUAUUAUUGCAGGCGGCGGUACUUCUAAUACUUCCAGCACCGGAAGUACCAAUCCCUCGACCAGCAACAUCACUGGCAGUGGUACCGCAACUGUCGACGGGAUUGUCUCCAACCUUUCCAGCGCCCUCAGCGGAAUAGCCGACGACCACGUGAAUGGCGUUUUUGGCACCCUGGCUGGUACGCUCUCAGGCGAAGUUGCGACGAGCGCCGUGACGACACCCAGCUUGAACGUGCCAACGUCCGGGAACCAGGCGGUCCCAAACAUCUCUACUGGUGCAGGGAAGGGUGCCUCCAACGUCCCCUCCGAUGUCGCUUCCGGUUCUGGGUCUCAGAGCGUAGAUCCUAGCACCACUGUGGCCAAUAUCGAUAUCAAUGGGACUCUGAACGGGAACGCCCCGUCUGCUCCUAGCGUUUCCGGUACACUUCCUCUCACGGACACCAUCGCCGCGGCCGUCAACAACACCGCCUCUACAGUCGGCGCUAGCACCGCGAGUGGAGGCGUCAACAACGUCGCAGGAAGCGUCAAUGCAACCGCGAGCGACGUAGGCUCUGACGCGGGCACUGUGAACUUGGUCUCUGGCACUAUCGUCUCGACUGUCUCCGAUUUCUCAAGCCCAUCCAGAAAUGUGUCGUCCCCUGGGUUGAGCAGCGCGGCAAGCGUCGCCGGCGCAGCGGGCACCCAAAGUGCGUCGAGCGGCCCCUCGUCUUCAACUUCAAGCUCGUCUUCAACUUCAAGCUCGUCUUCCAACUCAUCAUCCAGCUCAUCAUCCGGCUCGUCGUCUGGCUCGUCAUCCAGCUCGUCCAGCUCAGGCUCGUCAUCCAGCUCAAGCGCAUCUUCCAGCUCAUCUUCCAGCUCAAGCAGUAAUCCACAGAGCGCAACUGGGGGUGUCAGCGCGUCUGGGGCUGCGGGCGGUGCUUUGAACGCGGCCACUACGAACAUCUCUGGGGCGGCCGACAGCUUGGGUUUGGCGGGCGCGGGCGUUAGCUCGCUCGUUCUGCCCAUUGUCCCAAGUCCCCUUCCAAGCUUAAAUCCGUUGGACAUUGUAAACCUCGAUUCUACGUCAGCGCUGAGCACCUUAGAAAAUGGCCUUUCCAAAACAAAGAACGUCUCGAGACGCGCGGCGUUGCGCGGACAAUACCAGAAGCGGCUUCCAAGCGCACGCGCCAGCUCCCUUCUCUCACUCGAUUUUCCCAACACCCCCUGUCCAGUGCCCGGAUCGAUGGCCACCCCUCUCCGUGGUAUAACUUCAACGUUUCUCAACAGCCUCAAGGCUCUCUUCCCCGGAAACGCGUCUCGGACGCUUGCCUCCAGCAGCUCGUCGCAGACAUCCGAUACCCUGUCGCAGCCACCCGAUAUCCCAUCGCAGCCGUCCGAGUAUAUACGUGAAGGACUCCGGAACCCAUGGUACAUCCCCGCCGCUGUCGCUUUUAGCGCGUCGAAUCGCCCGGAAGGCGUGCGUAGGGUGUUCGAGCAUGUGUCGGCGGAUUUGCGGUCGACGAACGCCAGUGGAAGCCCGGGUAAAAGCGGUGGGAAGGAGGAGGAGGAGAGGCUGCUAGCGCGCAAGAUGCGCGAGGCGCUGUUCAAGUCGGGCCUUAUCUGCGGGUACCCGCGGGCGAUUAAUGGGCUGAAGGCCCUAUACGAAGUCAUGCCCGAAGAGCUGAAGGAGGAAGGGCUAUUGAGGGAUCCAAACAUGUCGUUAAGGGACUAUGAGGAAGCGGGUAAUGCGUUUUUCAAGACUGUGUAUGGAGAGAAGGCGGAGGAGGUGAUGGCGAUGUUGGAUGUGGUGUAUCCUGACAUGGGCUGGUUCUCAAGAACGAUAGGCUACGGCCUCGUAUACCGCCCAAACGCCACACAGACGCCCAUACUCUCCCCGGUGGAGACGUCUUACACCCUCGUCGCGGCGCUCAUCGCGAUGGACACGCCGCAGCAGAUCGCGUGGCAUUUGGAUGGGGCACGCAGGGGCGGAGCGAGUGUGGAGGAGGUGAGCGCGGUGAGGGAGGUUAGUGAGAGGAUCGUUAGGGCGGUGAGGGAGGGAGAGACAAAUCGAGUAGGCGACAUUCUGGGGCCGUACAUUUAUAAAUGUCCAGUGACAAUGCCAGGCGGGGCGGCGGUCAAGUGGGAGUGGUCCAAUGGGCAGGGACGGAGGUAUGAGGCUGUAUGCAUAUGA